AUGACCUCGGUGCUCGGCGACGCCGGCCUACUGCGGCUUAUCGUGCAGUUCCAACACGGCGUGUACGAAGAGCUCCUGCCGUGGCGCAAGGAGGCCGCGGCCAUGGACACGGCGUGGCACCCGUCCGUGCAAGGUCUCAUGUACACGCACCUGCCGCAGCGCUUCUUGCAUCUGCCGUACACGUCCGAGCACGUCCUCUUCUUGCCGCAAGCGGUCUUGCUGCCCGCACGCCACUUGAAUCUGAGCUCGACCGAGCGCGACCCGCGCCUGCCGCUGCACAUUGCCAUCAUCGACGGCGACACGCGGCGCAUUGGCCGCUGGCUUGGUUGCUACCCAGAGUGGGCCUCGCCGUCGGCGCUCGACCUCGCGGCGCAGGUUGGCCACCUCGACGUCGUCGUCUACUUGCACGCGCACCGCGUCGGGUGCACGACGAAUGCCAUCGACUACGCAGCAGGAAAUGGCCAUCUCUCGAUCGUGCGCUUCUUGGCCGAGCACCGCAAGGAAGGCUGCACCGAGAAUGCCAUGUACGAUGCCGCCAUGUACGGGCACCUCCCGGUCGUCAAGUACCUCUACGAAGCCGGCCUCGCUCGCUGCUCGUCGAUCGCACUCAUGCACGCGACGUGGCACCAGCACGACGCGGUCGCCGCCUUCAUCCACGCCCACUGCGACGACCCGAUCCCGCCGCCGUUGUAGUCGGCAUCCCUCGGAUACCUAAUAGACCCCAUCAGUGUUGUACUCUACUAAUACCUGCAGCAGCGCCGC